AGCGGGGCGGUGGCGGUGCGUCAUUUGUGGCUCAUUGCGCAUGCGUGAGGGCCGGAGCUUCUGUGGUGUCUCCGUGCGCGCGGCUGCCGAGCGGUUACGGGCCUGCGGCGGCGGCGCUGUUGCUGUUCAGGAUGGAGGAGGAUGGCGACUUCGUACUGGCGCUGCAGCUCCAGGAGCUGUGGGAGGCGGAGGACAAGGAGGCGGUGGCGGCCGCCGCUGGCGCUGUUGUUGCGUGCCCUGAGGCCUCGCUGGACUCCUCGGUGCUUCGGCCGCUGUCGGUGGUGGACGAGGCCUGGGAGCUGUUGGACCCCAGCCCCGACGUGCACGGCCUCUUCGUGCAGUUCAAUGAGGCGCUCUUCUGGGGACGCCUGACGGCUGUGGAGGUGUCGUGGAGCCCGCGUAUGACCCUCUGUGCAGGAGUGUGUAGCUAUGAAGGAAAAGGUGGGAUGUGUUCCAUUCGCCUAAGUGAGCCACUCCUGAAGUUGAGACCAAGGAAGGAUCUUGUUGAGACACUGUUACAUGAAAUGAUCCAUGCCCUGCUGUUUGUUACUAAUAAUGACAAAGAUCGUGAAUCUCAUGGGCCGGAGUUCCGCAAACAUAUGCGUCGCAUUAAUCGCUUGACAGGAGCCAACGUCACAAUUUAUCAUAAUUUUCAUGAUGAGGUGGAUUUGUAUCGCCAGCAUUGGUGGCGAUGCAAUGGCCCCUGUCAAAACAGAAAACCUUAUUUUGGAUAUGUGAAACGUUCAAUGAAUAGACCACCCUCUGCACGAGACUUUUGGUGGGUUGAGCAUCAAGAGACAUGUGGAGGUACGUUCACGAAAGUGAAGGAACCAGAAAACUUUUCCAAGAAAGCCAAAGAGAAAACCCAGCCAGCAAAACUUUCAAAUUCCAAAUCAAGUAACAAAGGCAGGAUACACAUGGGUGAUGCACAAAAUGUGAUCCCUUUCAGUGGAAAGGGGUAUCUGCUUGGAGGAGGAGACAGUGGAUUCUCAGAGAAAAGCAUAAGUUCCAGCAGCAGUGUUAAAAACAGUGAAACAUCCAGUUCACAGCAUCGUUCAGUAGGAAGCACAAUACCAAUCCCUAAAAAUGAGAUAAAAUUUGAAAAAUCACCCCGUAAUGGCAUCUUCUUUCCACUUUAUACUGAUGAUGCCAGAGAGAAAACUAACUUUGCUUCCAAGUGUGAGUUUCCUAAGCUCUCUGUUGCCAGCACAAAAGCUUACAAGAAUGUUAAUGGAUCACCUGUUAAAAUUGCUCGUGUUACAGAAGAAAAAUCAAACCAAGGCCCUACAAAAGGGAAGAGGGUUUUGCCAUACCAUAACAGGACACCUAAACAAACUUGUUUUGAGCAAACUACAACAGCUCAGGGUGGGUCCAAUAAAAAAAGAAGCUUGGAAUGUACUAGUAUGCUGCAGCAGUGGCCAAAAAUGGAAGACAAAACUGCCUUUGAAAACUACUUUAUAAAAAGAGAGAGCACUGAUGGCACUUUAAGAGUAAAUACAACUGUGAAAACCGAAGCUGAAUCUAUAGCAUCCUCUGCAAGUUCCAGCCCUGCUGUAAGGCAGGAUAAAAAAGUCAGUUGUCCUGUGUGCCAGACAGAGGUUUUGGAGUCUAAAAUAAAUGAACACCUGGACUCUUGUCUUGCAUAGAUAAUUCUGGAAAGCAGUCUCAAAAAAAUAACCCAGGGCUGAAACUGUUGUUUGAACUACUUCGUUCAGGGUUUGUUCAGUUGCACUGCUUUUCCCAUGUGUCUGUCCCAAACUGGAAUUUAAAUUACUGUCGAUAUUAAGAACAAUAAUGGCAAUUUAAAUUUUGUGAAGUUGGGCAUUAAAACUGAGUAGGAAUCUAGUUGCUCCUUGUGUUCCGAAGAGCCUAGUGCUCAUGUUUCACUAGGUGGAUGUUUGCGCUAACGUUUUCCUGCAGAACCCAGGUAUUGCAAGAGAAGGUGAAUACUUGCUAAACUGCAUAUUCACAAGGCAGUUUUAAAUUAAGACAUUUUUAAUCGUGCUAAUUUAUCUUUGUUCUUUCUUAAAAACCCUGACUGUUUUUUAAUGUAUUUUUGCCAUUCUUAAAUGUAACCACCUAUAAUGGAAGAUUUUUUUUUUCUAUUUACUUCAAUGUAAUUAAAUAGUGGGUAUUUUUAGAAUAGCAAAUAUUUUUACAUAAGCCCCAACUACACUCUCAGGUGGUCAUCUUCACCCAUGACCUUUUCGAAAAGAUAGAUGUGAGGAAAACAUAUAUUAGAGAUUCUCUCUGAAAGAUGGGAAAGGCAUAGACAUCAAAAAAUAGCAAAAUGUCCAUUUAAGUUUAAUAGAUGGAUAGGAGCAUGAAAAGAAAAUCCAGAAAGGAAAUGAAAAUUCUGAAAAAUCAAGCACAAGAUACUUGGGUGGACAAGGAGAAGGCUCUAUGCUUACAGGCUCAAUUUAAAAAGGAAAAAAAAGUAAAUCAUUUUGAGCUCGUUUUCAAAAGGAUUUAAAAGUUUGGAGUGGUCAAAUGGAAACUAAUGAAUUUCAGUCUUCUCUAUGUCCUUUGGUCAAUUAAUCAGCAUCUAGCUAGGUUCUCUGUCCUCUUUUUCUGAUAUUUUGUACAAAUUCUGCCUGCGUUGAAAGUUCAGUAGUUUUCAGGAUAAAAGUAUUACAUACAUGAGUAACUGAUCUCCAUGGGCAGACACUGGUAAGUAAAAGUUCUGAAGAAUAUUGGUAGCAAAACUGGGAAUGACUGUUCUGGCUCUGUCAUAAAAAUCUUCAUUAUUUUUCAGUUUCCAGUUUAAAUUUUCAGUGUUUUACAACCUGAAAUGGCAUUAGAUUGACCUCAGCUGACAAUUUUUGUUUUGCUGCUUCCAUACACCAGCCAAAUCAGUGUUAAAUACUAAAAUUGUUGUGCUGUAAAAUAUUACAAAUGCUGAGCAGCCAUGUAUUCUAUAUAAACUUAUGAAAUAUUUAGUUUUCUUGCUGCACUGAAAGUAUUUAACUGGCUAAGCAGAAAACUUGAUUGUUUCUUUACUUGUAAAAUUGGUUAUAAAUACUUUUGAUAAAAGGAAUAUCAUAUAAAACAGUAUAAUCUUUUUGUUGUUGUUGCAAUGUUAAAUGGCUAUAUUAGCCAUGAGUGCACAUAUUUUUGCCUUUGUAUAAAGAGUUAUCUGCAGUGCACUUUUGAGAUUGGAAAUAAACUGGGUGCAAUGGAAUUUGACAAAUGAUACUUAACUUUGUACUUCAGAUCUUAAAAAACCUAAGAAUGCCUUAGAUGUUACUUUUUUAAAUAUGAUGUAUUUUUCUAAAUACUGACACUAAAGAUGUUUAAUGUGAAUUGGAAUGUUAUUGCAUAUUCUAAAUAAAUUGAUGAUGAAUUUUAAA